UUUUUAUUAGGUCUAGUAUUUGAAUUUCUGGUCAGUGCUUUGCUUGUUACUGUAGAAUCAAUGGGGUUACCAAAUGAAAUUGGGGACUUGUCAACAGAGAUGGAAGUUGAUGCAUUUAGACGCCUUUUUCCUCUUCGGUACUACGAGCGGCAUCUUGCGGAGUCUAUUCGGCCUGAUGGUAGACCACUCGGAAAAUCUAGAGAUACAACAGUAGCUUUAGGUGCUGUUGCUUCUGCUGAUGGCUCUGCAAUAGCAAAGAUUGGUUCAACUACCAUGAUGGCUGCCAUAAAAAUGGAAGUCAUGACACCGUCCUCUGAGUCGCCAGAUGAGGGCUGCGUAGCUAUUGAUUUCCACAUGCCUCCAAUUUGUUCUCCACUUGUUAGGCCCGGUAGGCCUGCAGAUGCAGCACCGGUUGUGUCAAAGCAGUUAUCUGAUACCAUAUUGAGUUCUGGCAUGAUUGAUUUAAAAGAACUGUCUUUGGUCAGUGGAAAAGCUGCAUGGAUGGCAUACCUGGACAUUUACUGUUUGGACGCUGACGGUUCUCUGUUCGAUGCUGCUUUGCUCUCAGCAAUUGCUGCCUUCACCAAUUUGCAAAUCCCCAUUGUUUCCCUGAAUGAUGAUGGAAAGAUAGUAGUUGUAUCUGAUGAAGAAGGGGGAGGAAAGUCGGAAAAGGAGCCGGUCAAUAAGGAGAAAAGGAAGCUCACUUUGAGAAGCUUGCCUUUCUCAUUAACAUGUAUACUUCACAAAAACUACAUAUUGGCAGACCCGACUUCUGAGGAAGAGUCUAUCAUGGAAACUCUAGUAACAGUGGUGUUGGAUUCAUCUGCUAGGCUUGUGUCUUUCUACAAACCAGGUGGACCAGUUCUCGCCUCUACAUCAGCUGUCCAGGAUUGUGUUGCACUAACAAGACAAAGGGUGAAGGAACUUCAAGAAAUUUUGGAUGAAGCUGAUUCUGGUAUGCAAUUUGACUAAGUUGGAAAUUUUGUUUUGUGCAGAGGGUAUGUGCAAGUAAUUAAAUGGGUGGUAGUUUUGCCUUUAGUUUAGUUUACAGUGACCACUCUAUCUUGUUCCCGCUGUGAACCUAGCGAUCUGUACGGAGCCUAUUUGUAGCAAGAGUUAGUAGUCAAUUUUGGAUGAAUCUGUGAAAAUCGUUUUUUUACAUUUUAUUUCAUCUUUAUGCAAUCAACCCAAAGAUUUUACCAA